CUUCAGAGGGACCCGGUGUGGGUCCAGCCCCCGUCGACAGCUGUUCGCGUGACUUUGGCAGUGUGUCUCGGACCCGGUACCAUGGCGUCUGGUGAGGAGGACGCAGCCGUCGAGGAGAAAGAAACCAACAACAAAAAGCGCACGAAAAGCGCGAUUGCCACGGCAUGGCUCACCAUCUACAACAUCGCCAUGACCGCCGGGUGGAUGGUACUGGCUGUUGCAAUGAUCCGGUUUUAUCUUUACAAAGGCACUCAUAAAGGCUUGUACAAGAGCAUCUCAAGAACACUCAAGUUUUUCCAGACACUCGCAUUACUGGAGAUUGGACACUGUGCAAUUGGAAUUGUGCGGACAUCUGUGAUUGUGACUGGGGUUCAAGUGUCAUCUCGCAUAUUCAUGGUUUGGUUCAUCACAAACAGCAUCAGACAGAUUCAGAAUGAGGAGAGCGUGAUUUUGUUUGUUGUCGUUUGGACGCUUACAGAAAUCACUCGCUACUCGUUCUACACUUUCAAACUACUCAAACAUCUGCCAUAUUUCAUCAAGUGGGCCAGAUAUAAUUUGUUCAUCGUCAUGUAUCCGCUGGGAGUGGUCGGUGAGCUGGUGACCAUAUACAGUGCUUUACCUUACGUUCGAAGGUCGGGCAUGUACUCGCUGAGACUCCCCAACAAAUAUAACGUCUCCUUUGACUAUUAUUACUUCCUGAUCAUCGUCAUGCUCUCAUACAUACCACUGUUUCCUCAGCUGUUUCUGCACAUGCUGCGUCAGAGGAGAAGAGUCCUUCACGGAGAAGUUAUAGUCGAGAAAGAUGAAUAAAAAUAACCGUCAAUAGAGCUACACUUCAGAUUUAUUCAGCAGAAUCUCUCCUCAAGUUUAGCGAAAACAUCACAGCCCUUUACGUCUUAUCAAGAUGAACUCACGACCAGCAUCACAACAGCAACUGCCCAGGAUUUGGACUUUUAAUGAAGACGCCUCAUCUGUUUCGAACAAGACCUGGAAGAAUGAUUUCACCACUGGAGUGGAUUUAUACCCUUGGACUGGAUCUCAUAUUACCACUAACCUGUACCUUGGAUGUAAUCUCACGGUCUCCUCUUUGAUAUCCUUCAUUUGGAUGUAUUUAUGUUAUUGGCUUGUUAAUAUUACCUUUCAAUACCCAUCUCAGGUGAGAAUGAUACUAUGAAAGAUGUUGAUCAAAAUAAUAGCUACAUUUCUACUAGCAAUGGAUAAGGGUUUAAAAAGACAAACAGGUCGUACAUGUUUUAACACUAGUCCAUUUCAUUAAACAUAUUUUCACACAACAGGGAAUUUUUUAUAAUUUAAAUAAACAAAGAACUUGACAUAUUCAAAAGUUUAAUCUAAUUUUUUUGGAAAAUAUCAUCAUAACAUUAUUUAAAGUCACUGCAAAGUUUUCAAAACUCUUAAGUGAGAGAAAUAAUCUUCAGAAGAUCUGAACGUAUCGUGCGCAAGGUGGUUUUGUUUUGAAAAUAACAUUGUGUCCUAAGCAGAUGUGAUGCUACAA